AUGAGCCAGCAAUGGGCCCUGGUGCCCAAGAAGGCCAAUGGCCUCCUGCAGGACAUCAAGAAGAGUGUGGCCAGCAGGACACAGGCAGAAAUGGCCCACACGUGUCGUGGGACCAUCAACCUGUCCACGGCCCACAUCGACACGGAGGACUCGUGUAACAUUGUGCUUUCCAACGGGGGAAGGACCUACCACUUGAAGGCCAACUCAGAAGUGGAGAGGCAGCGCUGGGUGACAGCCCUGGAGCUGGCCAAAGCCAAGGCCAUCCGCAUGAGGAACAACCAGUCAGAUGACUCGGGCGACGAGGAGCCCGCCUCGCAGUCGGAGCGGAGCGAGCUGCACGGCGCCCUGAAGAGCCUCUCCAGCAAGCUGGAGGACCUGAGCACCUGCAGCGACCUGCUGGCCAAGCACGGGGCCGCCCUGCAGCGCUCGCUCAGCGAGCUGGAGACCCUGCGCCUGCCCCCCGACAGCGGAGAGAAGGUCAAGGCGGUGAACGCGAGGGCCACGACCAAGUGUGACUCCUACUCAAGUGUAGACAUCACCCUUGUGGGUGUGUCCAUCGUAGAUGUCUUUGCUGUGGAUGUUUCCAACAUGGGCUACUCUGUUUGGCUCUCAGGGAGCCCACAGAUAGAGAAGCAGGCAUGGCUGGGCCAUGAGGUGCCACCUGGAGUGAGAGAAUCAGGAGAUUGGGGUCUGCUGUGGGUCAGGAUCUACUCCCAGGCAACUGGCAAGACAAGAGGCCCUGGCCUGAAGCUGCUCCAGGCGUGCCGGGAUUUCCUGGAGCUGGCCGAGGCUCACGGGCGGAGAUGGCAGCGGGCGCUGCAGCAUGAGCGGGAGCAGCGGCUGCGGCUGGAGGAGACCAUCGAGCAGCUGGCCAAGCAGCACAACAGCUUGGAGCGAGCCUGCCGGGGGGCACCCAGUGCCACCCCUGCCCCCAAGGGGGGUGUGCAGUCUGCCAAGGGAGAGGCCAGUGAUGAAGAUGAAGAGACGGAGUAUUUCGAUGCCAUGGAGGAUGCACCAGCUUUUAUCACUGUAACUGCAGACCCCAAGCACCACAGGCGUUCGGGCAGUAACCUGAGCGGGGCCAGCGAGGGCCACCCCGAGGACUGGAACCUGGAGGACAGUGUCUUUGAAAGCUCAAAUCAAAGUAGCUACAAUGAGUCCACUUGCAAAGAUCUCCUGCCAAAGAAAAGGAGACGGACACGCAUCCCAGACAAACCCAACUACAGCCUUAACCUCUGGAGCAUCAUGAAGAACUGCAUUGGAAAAGAGCUCUCUAAGAUCCCCAUGCCUGUGAACUUCAACGAGCCCCUGUCCAUGCUGCAGAGGCUGACGGAGGACCUGGAGUACCACGAGCUGCUGGACAAAGCGGUCAAGUGCGAGAGCUCCACGGAGCAGAUGUGCUUCGUCGCCGCCUUCUCGGUGUCCUCCUACUCCACCACCGUCCAUCGCACCGCGAAGCCCUUCAACCCCCUCCUGGGGGAGACCUACGAGCUGGACCGGCUGGAGGAGCUUGGUUUCCGUUCCCUGUGUGAGCAGGUGAGCCACCACCCCCCAGCAGCCGCCCAUCACGUCUACUCCAAGCGAGGGUGGACGUUGUGGCAGGAAAUCACCAUCGCCAGCAAGUUCAGGGGCAAAUACCUCUCCAUCAUGCCACUGGGUGCCAUCCACCUCGAGUUCCACUCCAGUGGCAAUCACUACGUCUGGAGGAAAGUCACCUCCACUGUUCACAACAUCAUUGUGGGCAAGCUCUGGAUUGACCAGUCUGGUGAAAUAGAGAUUGUUAACCAUAAGUCAAAAGAUAAAUGCCAGCUGAAAUUUACCCCCUACAGCUACUUCUCCAGAGAUGUCCCCCGAAAGGUGAGCGGGGUGGUGAGUGACGCUGAUGGGAAAGCCCACUACGUCAUGUCUGGCACGUGGGACGAGAAGAUGGAAUGUUCCAAGAUCGUGCAGAGCAGCCACGGCAGCGCGGGCGCCGAGGGCAAGCAGAAAACCGUCUACCAGACGCUGUCCCCAAAGGUCCUGUGGAAGAAGUACCCCCUUCCGAGGAGCCGCCCUCACCCCGUGUCUCUCGGGACAGGCAAGGACUACGAGGGUUACGUCCCGCUGUGGUUCGAGCGCAGGGUGGACGCGCUGACCGGGGAGCUCAUCUGCGUCUACAAGGGCGGCUACUGGGAGGCCAAGGAGAAGCAGGACUGGAGCACGUGCCCCGACAUCUUCUGA